AUGGCGCUUCUCAGCGCUUGUUUCAUUGGGAGCUGCCUGGGGAGUGUUGGGAAUAGCAGUUGCUGCCCUAAGCACUGGAAGGCAUUUGGUUCAAGCUGCUACUUCAUUUCUGUUGAAGAGAAAACUUGGCCUGAGAGUGAGAAGAACUGCUCCGCGAUGCAGGCUCACCUAUUGGUGGUCACCACCGAGGAGGAGCAGAAUUUCAUCAUCCAGAACUUGGAUACAAAAUCUGAAUAUUACAUUGGGCUAUCUGACAGGGACAGGCCAUUACACACAAAUAAAAGACACUGGAAGUGGGUUGAUCAGACACCAUACAAUGAAAGUGCCACGUUCUGGCUCUCAGGUGAACCCAAUAGUCACAAUGAGCGCUGUGUUUUGCUACAUUUUCAUUCAUUAACAAAAAAAUGGGGCUGGAAUGAUGUGUUUUGUGAUGGACAUUACAAGUCAAUUUGCAAGAUGACAAAGAUCUACUUCUCAGCUGAAAAGUCUCUAUCAGCAUGUGCUUGA